GAUCAGUUAUUUUGUAAUAAUUUAUCACAAUAGAUAAAAUGUUCAAUAUUUACGUAUAAAAAGGCAGGUGAAACACUUUUCGUCAUGUAUUCCACGAAUAAUACUAAUCGCAUUAGUAUCCCGAAAAUCCGUGCAACACAGAACUCAACGAAAAUGAAAGUAUACGAAAUGUUCGUUAGCGUGAUGCUAUCGCUUUUAUUGCUGGCAUCGUCCGCCUUUUCCGCAGCUGUCACCAUUCCCAAUGCUCCAUCAGAGCAACCGACACCGCCAAACAUUUACGGAGGAGCAGCUCCGCCUGAAGCAGGUCCACCCAGUGUUUCUCCAAUUCCGUCCGCUGCACCAACUUCAACCGUUCGGCCAUUGUAUGGCAACACACCCAAAGCUUCAUAAAUACAUACAUAAAUGUAACAAGAGACAGCGAGAGCUUCACGACAUUUUGUCACCACAAUCUUCCGAACGUUUCUGUUUUUUAAAUAUAAAUAAAUACAAUGAUGUACAAUCAUUUUUGUAGAAAUGCCAUAGAAUAAAUAAAGAAUUGUGGAGUCCUUUACUGUAUAUGUAUUGUGAUUCGCAAAUGCACUAGCA